CGGGGCGAGGUUCCCGCCGGUGGCUCCCCGGGCGCAGCGGCCUGCAGAGGCGGCGCAGGCGCCCAGCGCUAGCGCUGCCGCCGAGCCGCAGGCGGGAGGCGGAGCCCGGCUGGGACUGCUGCCCUCAGCCCCUUCCCCCGCCGGCGGCGGCGGGGGCUCGCGGUAGCUUCCGGGAUGCGGCUGCUUCUGCUGCUUGCGGCCUGUUGGGGGCGGGGGGCGUUGUCUGGCAGCCCCCCCGGCCCGGCGGCGCACAGCCUGCGGGGGAGCUGGCGGCUGGGCAGCGGGAACGGCUCGCUGGUGCUGAGCGGGGACGUGCCCGGCUGCGUUCACACGGCCUUACUCCGCCAGGGCCUCAUCCAGGAUCCUUACUAUAGGUUUAAUGACCUGGCCUACAGAUGGAUCUCCUUGGAUAACUGGACUUACAGCAGGACAUUCAAAGCCCCUUUUGAUGUCAGCAAAUGGCAGAAAGUGAAUUUGGUUUUCGAGGGAGUAGAUACAGUAGCACAAAUCCUGAUCAAUAAUGUCACUGUUGGGAGAACGGACAACAUGUUCAACAGAUAUAGCUUUGAUAUUACCAGUGUGAUCAAGGAGGUCAAUUUUAUUGAGGUCCGUUUCUUAUCAGCCAUUUCAUAUGCAGCAGAGCAGAGCAGAUCUCACAGCGCAUACAGUGUGCCUCCACAGUGCCCUCCACCUGUGCAGAAAGGGGAGUGCCAUGUUAAUUUCAUCAGAAAGGAACAAUGUUCGUUCAGUUGGGACUGGGGUCCCUCUUUUCCCACUCAAGGAAUUUGGAAAGAUGUUAGAAUUGAAGCCUAUAACCUUUGUCACCUGAUCUACUUCACUUUGACCCCCAGCUAUGUGAAGAGUGCUCAGCAGUGGAGUCUUGAAAUAGAGUCUGUUUUUGAUGUAGUCAGCUCAAAGCCAGUUGUUGGUCUCAUGACAGUGAACAUUCCUAAGUUGCAAACACAGCAAACAUAUACUGCAGAACUUCCUCCUGGAGAAGGCAGAAUUGUGCUGCUCGUAAACAUCAAUAAGAGUGCUACAGUGCAGACUUGGUGGCCUAGUGGCCAUGGAAACCAAACUGGAUAUGACAUGACAACAACUUUCAACAUGGGGGCAGGAUACAAGAUUGAGAAAUUUUCAAAGGCUUAUUUUCGAACAGUGGAACUGGUUGAGGAGCCUAUACCUGGUUCACGAGGUCUGAGUUUCUACUUCAGGAUCAACGGACUCCCCAUCUUCAUUAAGGGAUCCAAUUGGAUUCCAGCAGAUUCUUUCCAAGAUAGAGUUUCCUCUGAUCUGUUAAAGCUCAUCUUGCAGUCCACAGUUGAUGCUAACAUGAAUGCGCUUCGUGUAUGGGGAGGAGGAGUAUAUGAGCAAGAUGAAUUCUAUGAUACCUGCGAUGAACUAGGAAUAAUGAUUUGGCAGGAUUUUAUGUUUGCAUGUGCCCUUUACCCAACUGACCAGAACUACUUAGAAUCAGUAAGAGCAGAAGUUACUCAUCAGGUAAAGAGAUUAAAAUCUCACCCAUGCAUCAUUUUAUGGAGUGGAAACAAUGAAAAUGAGGCAGCAAUUACAGGCAACUGGUUCUCCAUACCACAUGCUGAGAUGAAAGUUUAUUUCAAAGACUAUGUGACACUUUAUGUGAAGAACAUCCGAGAAAUUGUUCUUGCUGAGGAUAAGAGUCGUCCUUAUAUUACAUCCAGUCCCACAAAUGGCAAGGAGUCUGUUAAAGAAGGCUGGCUCUCCCAAAAUCCUUAUGACACCCAUUAUGGUGACACUCACUUUUAUGAUUACCUCAGUGACUGCUGGAACUGGACAGUGUAUCCUAAAACUCGGUUUGCCUCAGAGUAUGGAUUUCAGUCCUGGCCCUCUUUUAGUACAUUGGAAAAGGUCUCCUCUACAGAGGACUGGUCUUAUACAAGUCAUUUCUCCCUCCAUCGACAGCACCAUGCAGCUGGUAACGACCAAAUGCUUCAUCAGGCUGGACUUCACUUCAAGCUGCCCCAGAACACAGAUCCUCUACAACGAUUCAAAGAUACGAUUUACCUUACUCAGGUUAUGCAAGCCCAGUGUAUAAAGGCAGAAACGGAGUUCUAUCGGCGUAGUCGAAGUGAGAUAACCAAUGGAGAGGGACAUACAAUGGGAUCACUCUACUGGCAGCUCAAUGAUAUCUGGCAGGCCCCUUCAUGGGCUUCUCUAGAGUAUGGGGGCAAGUGGAAAAUGCUCCAUUACUUUGCCCAGCAUUUCUUUGCCCCACUGCUGCCUGUGGGAUAUGAAGAUGACGGCGUGCUGUACAUCUACGGUGUGUCGGAUCUUCAUUCAGACUGUGAGUUGACGCUCCAAGUCAUUGUGCACCAGUGGAGUUCUAUGGAGCCAGUGUGUACCCUUGCUAAAGAGGGUGUGACCCUUAAGGCAGGGAGUGCUGCCCCAAUUUACAAGGAGCCCGUAAAUGACCUGCUGAAAAGAUGUGGGAAUUGUACCAGGCAAAGCUGUGUUGUCACUUUUUACCUUAUGGGAAAAGGCGAUCUCCAUAGUUCUGGCAACUCUCACUUCCUAUCUUCGCUGAAGGAUGCGGUGGGAUUGGAGAAAGCACAGCUCAGUGCCACUAUUUCUCAGCAAGGUGACCUGUAUGUUUUUGUUCUGCAAACCACAGCAAUCACUCCUUUUGUUUGGCUGGAUGUAGGUAAUAUACCAGGGAGGUUUAAUGACAACGGCUUUCUCAUGACUGAGAAGAGAAAAGUUGUGGUGUUUUAUCCGUGGGAGCCUAUCCGCAUUGAGGAACUCGAAAAAUCACUCAGCUUGACUUCACUGAUGGACAUUUACUGAGGAAAUCCCAUGUCCUUUAUAGGAAAUGCUUUCUGUAGUGGUAGCAGAAUAGAAACUGGAAAACUUCAAAGGAGUAUUAAUAGGGCUCCGUGUUUGUCACAGAGGUUGCAGAAGUCACGGAUUCGGUGACUUUCUGUGACCUCCAUGACUUCUGUGGUGGUCAGUGUGGCUGACCCCAUGGCUGCCCAAGCAGCUGGCUCCGGGGACAGCCACAUUGGCUGCUGCUGGAGAGGCUCUGAAGCCAGCCGCUUGGGCCAGCAGCAGCCCACACUAGACAUGUGCCCACAGCAGUGGCCCCUCCCCUGUGGUUC